AUGGAACUUGCUCGAUCAAAGAAGGAGAUCUGCUUAUCUCAAAGGAAAUACACCAUAGACCUUUUAAAGGAAACCGACAUGAUCGGAUGUAAGCCUAUUAACACCCCCAUGGAUUCAGUCCACAAACUUGGAAAUAACAACGACGAUACCCCAACCGACAAAGGUAGAUACCAGCUACUCGUUGGGCGACACUUGUACUUAUCUCACACUCGUCCCGACAUUGACUUCGUAGUGAGCGUUGUUAGCCAAUUCAUGAAUUGUCCCUCUGAAGAUCAUAUGAACGCAGUUUUCAGAAUUCUAAGGUACUUAAAAAGUUCUUCGGGAAAAGGCCUUUUAUUCACAAGUAAAGCCGACAAGUCAAUUCGUGUGUUCACCGAUGCCGAUUGGGCUGGGGACAUUACCGACAAAAAAUCCACCUCUGGAUAUUGUUCAUUUGUAUGGGGAAACCUCAUCACAUGGAGAAGCAAGAAACAAUUUGUUGUCGCUUGGAGUAGUGCCGAAGCUGAGUAUCGUUCUCUUGCACUUAGAAUUUGUGAAGAAAUUUGGAUAAUGCCGCAUCCUUGA